GUGACGUGUUGCAGGAAGUGUUUGUCAACAUCGGCCAUUUUGGUAAUUGGCCGCGUACUCUACAAACUCUUCUUCGUCAUCUAUUCCGAACUUUGACAGUUCAUUGGUGGUCAUUGUUUUCAUCAUCAUGGAGACAUCCACUAUUAAAAUGCUGGGAUGUUGAUCAAGUGUUCAGAAUCAGUCGUUAAACAACAAGAUCUACUGGCAUGUCUGGAUUAAUCGAGUUCUGAAUUGGACUUGUGUUCACAUCAGAUCACGUUGUUGGCCAAUUAGGCUGUAUAUAUUGAAUUGAAUUGACGACCAGCAUGGCAUGCUGACUGGGAAGAAUGAUCAGAUAAUACUCUACAGCUGCAGGCCAUGCAGACUUUGUGUGGGCAGACCUAUUGAAUGAGAAUGGAAAUGGAAAAGAAUAAUAGAAGUUCUGUCACCGAAGAAGAAUUUUUGAGAUUGGCCCAGCUCAUCCCACCGAGGUACUAUUCAGAUUUAGGGAUACAUUUGGGAAUCUCAUCUGCUGAACUUGAUCAUAUCAUUGUCCAACAUUCAUUGGAUUACAAGGAUGCAUUGAUGACAAUGUUCACACGGUGGAGAGAUGAACAGAAUCCAGAUGAAGACAUCAGAGCUCUUCUUGCAGAAGGAUUAGAAAAGAGUGACUUAGGUGGAUUGUCCAAAGAACUUCUAGCUGGGAAUCUAAUCCAGAAAACAUCAGAUGUCAGACAAACAACUGCAACAACUUCAAGAGCAUCAACUUCAACAGGAGCAGCAGACAUGUCAGUAACACCACAUACCGUCAGUGAGGAAGAACUUCUGAAGUUGUCAAUGGAAAUUGGACCUACUUACUACAAGAGAGUGGGCGUUAACCUGAAUAUCUCGUUUGUGACUCUUGAUAAAAUAAAGAAAGACACACAAGAUACUACUGAUGCUUUGAUGACAGUAUUCACAAGAUGGAGAGAUAAACAGCUUCCAGACACAAACAUCAGGGCUCAUCUUGCAGAGGCUUUACAAAAGAGUGGUCUAGUGUCGCUGUCUCAGAAACUGAUUACUGGAAAUCUAUUGACAGAGUCGACAGGUGCACCUGUGACAAUUCCAGAGACCAAACCACUUGACCCUGACCUGAUUAAGAGAUGUAAAGAUGAGCUCCAAUUCAAGUACAGGACUGAUUUCUGUAUGAUAAGAGCUGAUCCACUAGAUCCUGAUUCUAUUGUGCCAUUCCAAGAUAUGUACACAAACCUUUUCUUGGAAAAAGAAAAACGAAGGAAAAGGAGUCAACAUGGUGUUUACUGUAAAACCUUUCAAUAUAGGAGUCAGCUUGAGUAUAAGGAUCUCUUUAAUCUCAAAGUCAACGGCAUCUUCCCCAAACGGAUAAUGAUCCAAGGCGAGGCAGGGGCUGGAAAGACCACAUUCUUGGCUAAGAUUGCAUGGGACUGGAUAAACGAUAGUCCAGAUCUCUCAAAGUUUGUGUGGGUACUCAUUAUCCCUCUGCGUGAAGCCAAGCGAUACACAAUUGGUCAGAUUGUUAAGUCAUAUCUUUCAAGAGACAACCCAGCAACAGCCUGUCAGAUCACAAAUUACAUCCGUUCAAAUCCAGAAAAGGUAUUCAUUGCCUGUGAUGGAUUAGAUGAGCUUAGUGGCAAGGUUGUACAGCAUACUGAAACCAAGCAAGGUUCAGAAGGUGCUCAGUCAGAGUCAAAUGAUCAAACUGACAGGAAAUCAGAAUCCCAAAUGAGCAAUAAGAGAGAGCAAAAUUUUGAUCAAGGCACAAACAGAAAAAAAUCAAGAUUAGAGGAGAGCAAACAACCACAGGUAAAGCAGCAUUUUCCUUCAGGUACAUCAAGAGCUGCUGAUCAAACCACAGUAGGAUCAGAAACAAGUCCAUCAAGUAUAUCUAUGCACCAAAGAACUAAUCCCAAAUCCAAUGUAAAUUCUAUGGAGAGAGGUGAUAUCACUGUUGAAGAUAUUCUUUGCUCAGAUGAACUUUGUACUUGCCCUGUAAUGGUGACAAGCCGUCCAUGGAAGGCCAAUGAAAUCAGAUGGAAUGAUGGUUUAAGAAAUCGAUACACAUUCAUCCAUGUGGAAGGCUUUAGCAGGGAGAAUGCAAUGAUUUACAUUCGCAAUUACUUCAAAGACACUGAGGCUACAGCAGAUGAAUUCAUCAAAUUGUUUGAAAACAAUGAUAUCAUGUCAGGGAAUAUGGCACCAUAUCCUAUCUACAUUUCUAUACUCUGUCACAUGUGGAGAGAACUUGAUGACAAAAAGAAAGAAGAGUUGAAGGCUUUUCAAACAUUUUCUGAAAUAUUCUGUGAAGUGUUUGAAUUCCUUAAGGUGCGUUAUGUCCAGAAAGAGAUCCCAGAUUUAAGAAGCACAUUAUUCAAUACCUAUCGCUCUGAAAUUGAAAAACUCAUGGAACCCGUUGCCAAAUUGGCAUUUACUGGACUGCAAUCUAACAACCUUAUUUUCAAUGAGGAAGAUCUUGAACAGUUCUCAGACUCUGUGAAAACAGCAUGCAAAGUAGGGGUGUUGUCACAGGAGAAUAAGCUCUCAUCCAUUCAUGAUAAGAGCAGUCCGUACCUGCAGUCAACAUUCUUUUUUCCACAUAAACUAUUCCAGGAGUACAUGGCUGCAGUCUAUCUUGCUUCUUUCUUUGAUUCAGAUUGCACUAAAUUUAAGAGGCUGAUUGAGGAAGUAGUGAUCCCUAGGAAGGAAGAGUUUAGGUAUCUUCUGUACUUCACUGUGUCACUGGACAAAAACAUUGCCAAGUAUAUCACCACGUGUCUGCUACAACAGUACACACAAAGCCAAGAUGUGGAGGAGAUGAAUUUCUUGGUUGAUGUAACCUUUGAGAGUCAGGAUGAAGAUACCAACGCCAUGCUCAGGAAUUCAGUGUCAUCUCUGUCCAUCCGUGUUGAAGACACACACACUAUAGCUGGUUAUGCAUCCACUGAGAUAUAUUCAAAGGCGGUAAGUUGGAUACAAUAGAAAAGUUCCCUGAGUUCAUGCAUGUUUCUAUUUUUUCAUUAUAGUAGCACUCCUUCAGGAGUAUAGCUGAAACUCAUCAGACAGAUCUUAAUAGUCUUGAAAUUGACUUAUACAUAAAAACAAAAACCCUUAAGCAUUCAAACAUCCAUCUUUCAGUUUGUUUGUCAUUUACAUGUACUGAGUAAAAUAUAAGUAGUACAUACAUGUAUGAAGAUAUUGGAAUCUUGAAUUGAACUGAAAUAUUGUCCAUCUUAGCAUGUUAUAUUAUUAUUAUACCGGGUGAGUUCAAUAAAAACUUAACAUCUCGAAUCCCCAAUUUAUGGAAAAUGUAUCACGAACACGUAAUUAUUAAAAAUGGCAUGAAAGAGUAUGUUUUUCCAAAUAAUUUGAUACCAUAUCUAUGGGGUAUGUGUUAAUGCUUGGAUGAUCAGUAGGUAUUCUUUGCAGUGAUGUAAAUUUUGAUUUGUGCCAAAGUAAAGCAUGACUGCAAUGAAUGAAUCCGGAUGUCAAUGAUGUCAUAAUCCUACAAGGAUUGCAUUAAAAUCAAAUUCAAAACAUGUUUUCGAUAAUUUAUAUUAUACAUGUAAUUGUUUAAUUGUUUAAACACUUUUUAUUAUCAGUUCUCAAUUUAACUUUAUUGACAAGGGAUGUGCAUAUAUGUUUACUAACUCAUGUAGGAUUAUGGCAUCAUGAAAAUCUGGAUUCAUUCAUUGCAGUCAUGCCUUACUUUUGUGCAAAUCAAAAUUUACAUCACUGCAAAGAAUUAUUAAAGUGUGAAGACAUACCACAUAAAUAUGGUAUCAAAUUAUUUGAGAGAAGAUACUCUUUCCAGCCGCAUAUAAUGAUUAUGCCUCCAUGCACGGCCGUAUGCAGGAGGGUGGCAGUUACCCCCCCCCCCCCCCCCCACAAAUUUUGAAAACUUACAUUUUUUACUGAAAUUGUUCACAAAAUUCACCAAAAGUACACACAGAAUCCUUCUAUUUCUCUUGAC